GCAGCCAGCAUGGCCACAGCUGCCUCCAGCCCCUACACCCUGCUCAGCCCCAGCUCCAUGAUCCACGCGGACAGCCAGGCCAUGCAGCCCGCGAGCCCCUACAGAGGCCACCAGAAGCUGCUCCAGAGCGACUACCUGCAGAGCGUCCAGAGCAACGGGCACCCCCUCGGGCACCAAUGGGCGAGCAGCCUGUCGGAGGGCAGCCCCUGGUCCUCCAUGGAGCAGCAGGACGUGAAGCCCGGCAGAGAGGACCUGCAGCUCGGCAUCAUCCAUCACCGCUCCCCGCACGUCGCGCAUCACUCCCCGCACCACAACAGCCACGGGAGCCACCCGGGAGCCUGGGGCACCCCGGUGUCCCACAACUCCUCCAUCACCAGCGGGCAGCAGAUCAACAUCUACUCCCAGACGGGCUUCACCGUCAACGGCAUGCUGGACCACGGCGGCCUGACGCCGCCGGCCAACCCCCAGGGCCAAGGCAUGCACCCGGGCCUCAGGGACACGCUCAGCCCCGAGCACAGCGACCUCGGCGGGCACCACUGCCACGACCACUCGGACGAGGAGACGCCGACCUCGGACGAGCUGGAGCACUUUGCCAAGCAGUUCAAGCAGAGGAGAAUCAAGCUGGGCUUCACGCAGGCGGACGUGGGUCUGGCCCUGGGCACGCUCUACGGCAACGUGUUUUCCCAGACCACCAUCUGCAGGUUCGAGGCCCUGCAGCUGAGCUUUAAGAACAUGUGCAAACUAAAGCCACUGCUGAACAAGUGGCUGGAGGAGGCGGACUCGUCCACGGGCAGCUCCAGCAGCAUAGACAAGAUCGCAGCUCAGGGGAGGAAGAGGAAGAAGAGGACGUCCAUCGAGGUGAGCGUCAAGGGGGUCCUGGAGACGCACUUCCUCAAGUGUCCCAAGCCGUCCGCGCAGGAGAUCACGUCGCUGGCGGACUCGCUGCAGCUGGAGAAGGAGGUGGUGCGCGUGUGGUUCUGCAACCGGAGGCAAAAGGAGAAGCGGAUGACGCCGCCCGGGGAGCCGCCGCCACCGCCGCACGAGGGACCCUAUUCGCACAGCGGGAGCGCGGGGGACACGUCCUCGUGCCACGAUCUCUGACCGCGCGAGGAGGAGCAGGAGGACCCGCCAUGGUUACGGACUCUGGAGCGAAGGGACGCGAGCGCGCCACGGGAUGGUGGACCGGCUUCCGGUCCCGGUGCAGACUCCUGCCGCUGCCGCCAGCACUGAAAUCCAAUAGGAAGAACAGAGAAACCCGCUCGGCCUUCGUCCCUUUUUUCUCUAACUGUCACGAGGGCAUUAUUGCAUCACAUUUCAGAUCCUUUUUGGAGCUUCGCUUUGUUUCUCUUUUUUUUUUUUCCUCCGUCACGGAUAUAAAUACAAAAAUGUGCCUAAUUAUACACCUGCCAGCGCCUUUGGUUUGUGUCACCAUUUCCCAUCAGCUCUAUAAUAAUUGCUAACAUGGGAACUGAUGUCUUAUUUUUGACGUGUUUCCCCCCACCACCCCCACACACACACACACACACACACACACACACACACACACACACACACACACACACACACACACACACACACACACACACACACACACACACACACACACACACACACACAUGCUGUUUUAUUUGGACGAUCAGUGGCGUCAAACUGAAAAAACAAAACAGAAAAUAUAUCAUUUUUCAGUUAACCGAUUUUUUUUUCUUUUACAACAAUUCUGUAAUUAUGUUAUUUUUUUCCAUAUGAUAUCAGAUGUCGUGAUCCUGCAACAUAAAAAGCACUUGGAGGGUUAUUAUCUUCUUAAUUUUCGCCUCACAUCCUCACCUGUUUUUUUUUUUUUUUGAAUUCGUUGUUUGUUGUGUUUUGUUUUCCUUUAUUCUGACCACAGAAACUGUGUUCGGACUCUGAAGACAAACAGAGCCGGGGGUAAUUCAGAAGCGUUGGGGUUUGUUUGGGGGCUAAACGACGCUGGACACCUGCCUAUAAUUUUACUGUGCGAUCAUUAUCCCCCCCACUCACCCAAAAAACUUUUUAUAAUCUCCAAUACUCCUGUUAUACUCGGUUCAGUAUUUUUCUCUCCGAUAUUGUACAGUUUUAUAUAUAUAUAAAUAUAUAUCAACACUUUUCGAGUCAUUAAUUUAAAGCAAAUUAUUGUUAGUUUAUCCAUGCACUUAAUUAGCAAAUGUUUUUUGAAAGAAAUAAUAAUACAAAAAAAAAAAAAAAAAAGCAAAGAAAGAAGAAGAAAAACAACAACAGAAAACCACCCAGCCUAUUUUCAGUCAGAUGGAACAGUUUGGGCGCUUUUAUUCCAAAAUUUCGAUGACAGCUCGAGUAAUUAUUUAUUUUCAGUAUAAAGCUUGUAUUAUGUUUUGAAAUAAACAAUGUAUGUUGUAAUAAACAAUUUCCUGGUACAAUUGUU